UGGCCAUGACGACCCUGCUGGAGAUCAAGAGCAGCGUGCUGCGGCAGGUGCAGGCGUGCCCCACCUUCCGCCGGAGGGCCGAAGGAGAGCCGGCCGCCACCAGCGCUGACCCCCCGGAGCCGGCCGCAGGGGCUUGGAAGCGCGGGGACGGCGUGGAGUUCUUCGCGCACAUGCGCCUCAUUCUGAAGAAGGGGGAGGGCAGACAGGGCCUGCCGUGCCCCGAGGUCCUCUUGCGCAGCGGUUCGCCAGCCCCUGCUGAGCCCGUGGACCCCAGCCGUGGCCUGAGAGCCCUGACCCAGGAGGAGGUGGAGAUGCUCUAUGAGGAGGCCUUGUACACAGUCCUCUACCGUGCAGGGACCAUGGGCCCUGACCAGGUGGAUGACCAGGAGACCCUACUGGGCUACCUUCAGCAGGUGUUUGGUACCAGCCCUGAGGAGCACGCUGAGGCCAUUGAGCGUGUGAAGAAAGCCAAGGCCCCCACGUAUGCCCUGAAAGUCUCUGUCAUGCGUGCCAAGAACCUGCUGGCCAAAGACCCCAAUGGCUUCAGUGACCCGUACUGCAUGCUGGGUAUCCUGCCGGCCUCGGGUGCCCCCCGGGAGCCAGGGCCGCGCACGGAGCAGCGCUUCAGCUUCCGCAAAGGCAGCAAGCGUGGGGGUCCGCUCCCGGCCAAGUGCAUCCAGGUCACCGAGGUCAAGAGCAGCACCCUGAACCCUGUUUGGAAGGAGAACUUCGUCUUUGAGAUCGAGGAUGUCAGCACGGACCAGCUGCACCUGGAUAUCUGGGACCAUGACGAUGAUGUGUCUCUGGUGGAAGCAUGCAGGAAGCUGAAUGAAGUCAUCGGCCUGAAGGGCAUGAGCAGGUAUUUUAAACAGAUUGUCAAGUCGGCCCGUGCAAAUGGGACAGCAGGGCCCGCGGAGGACCACACAGAUGAUUUCCUGGGGUGUCUCAACAUACCCGUCCGGGAAGUGCCCGUGGCCGGUGAAGACCGCUGGUUCAAGCUGGAACCACGCUCCAGCGCCUCCCGCGUUCAAGGAGACUGCCAGCUGGUCCUCAAGCUGAUCACCACACAGAGGGACACGGGCAUGAGCCAGCGCGGGCGGGCGGGUUUCCUGUCCUACAUGCUGCUGCUCAGUCGUCUCCUGCAGUUCGAGCACCGAUCCGAGGAGCCCAAGGCGAGCUGCUGGCGGGGAGAGCUCAGCGGGCCCGCGGCCACGAUCCUCUGCCUGCACGGCGCGCAAAACAACCUGUCCGCGCUGCAGCUGGCUGUGCUGCACUGGCAGGUCAGCAGCCGCCACCAUCAGACCCGGACCCUGGACUACGGCUACCUGCUGGGGCUGCUGGAGGACAUGCAGGCGCAUUGGGAGGAGGCGUCUUCGCUGCCCCAAGGGCAGGAGGAGAGCCUGGCUGACAGCUUCAAUGCCUUCUCCGAGUUUGGGCUGCGGCUGCUCCGUCAGCUUCGGGACUUCUUCCCCGCCACCAACAGCACUGCCGUCUAUCGUCUGGAGCUGCUGCUCAAGUGUCUCAGCAAGAUGCAGAUCUUCCAGCCUUCCUUUGAGGUGUGCUCCUUCCGGACAGAACUAAAUGCGGACAUCUCUGCUGCUCUGAAGAGAGGCAACCGUGAGUGGUAUGACAGGCUCCUGAACACCAAGAGUCCUCGAGAGCAGUCGGGGCCGCAGCGCCUCGCCGGGCUGGUCGAGCUGGCGGACGCCGUCUACGAGGAUCUGCAGUCCUGCUACGGCAUCUACGCCAGCCUCUUCCACAGCAUCACCGACAUCGACUUCUUCACACUCACUUUCCGGCAGCUGGAGCGUCUGGUGGCCGAGGAGGCAUGGGUGCUGACGGAGGAGCUGAGCCCCAAGAUGACCCUCGAGGUGGCCUCAGGGCUCUUCGAACUGUACGUGACCCUGGCGGACAUCCAGCGUUUCUGGAGCAGCAUCCCUGGCCGGUGGGUGCCCUGCCCCAACCUAUCUCCUUCCCCCCACCUGCCCUGUCUGUCUCCUCCCCCUGUUGGCCUCCCAGACCUGCACCCCCUCCCACCUGUCCCGCAGCCUCCUCUAGGAGGCCUCUGGGACAGCCCGAGGGCCCUUGGAGGCAGGCUCUCCCGGGUGUCCCCUUGGGCCGGGACCCUGGGACGUGCUGGCUCAAGGUGUCGGAGUCCGGGCGAGCUCCCACUGGCCUCCUGCCACAGCGACAGCCGCUCCCUCGCCCUGGCUGGCAUCCAUGGCCCGUUCCUGCCCGCUGUGAAGCUUUGGCUGCAGGUGCUGCGGGACCAGGUCAGGUGGAGGCUGCAGGGAGCUGUGGAUGUGGACACGCUGGAGCCCAUGGACGCCUCCUCCAAGCACAGCAGUUCUGCGGCCUCGGCUAGUCUCUGCUUCAGUCACAUCCAGGAGCUGUGGGCCCGCCUGGCAUGGCCCGACCCUGCCCAGGCCGAGGCCCUGGGCACCCAGCUCAGCCAGGACCUGUGUGCGGCCACCCUCUUCUACACUGAGCUGCUGCGGAAGAAGGUGGACGCUCAGCCGGGGGCCGCGGGCGAGGCAGUGAGCGAGCCACUCUGUGUGGUUCUCAACAACGUGGAGCUCCUGCGCAAGGCUGCCGGGCAGACGCUGCGGGGUCUGGCGUGGCCGGAGGUGACCUCCGGGCCCGAGGGGGUGCUCCCGCGCCCUCUGCUCGGCUGUGCACAGGCCCUGGACGAAGACCUGCAGCAGGAGGUCCACACCGUGACGGCGCACCUGACCUCCAAGAUGGUGGCUGACAUCAGGAAGUACGUGCAGCACAUCAGCCUGUCGCCCGACUCCAUCCAGAACGAUGAAGCCGUGGCCCCGCUCAUGAAGUACUUGGAUGAGAAGCUGGCCCUGCUGAGUACCUCCCUGGUGAAGGAGAACCUUAGCAGGUACAGCUUGGGGCGGUUGGGCCGGGGCGGGGCCUGGGGUCCCUUCACGGGCACGGGCACCGGCACGGAGUGUCCCUGCAGGGUGCUGGAGGCCCUCUGGGAGCUGCUCCUGCAGGCCAUCCUUCGGGCACUGGGGGCAAACCUCGACGUCUCUGCUGAUUUCUACGGCCGCUUCCACUUUACGCUGGAGGCCCUGGUGAGUUUUUUCCACGCGGAGGGCCAGGGUCUGCCCCUGGAGAGCCUGAAAGACGGAAGCUACAAGAGGCUGGAGGAGGAGCUGCGCCUGCAUCAGUGCUCCACCCGCGAGUGCAUCGAGCAGUACUACCUGGACAAGCUCAAGCAGGUAGCGAGGCCCCGUGUGCGCACGCGCAGUGUGGGCACGCGGCCCCGCCCCCGAACCCCUGCGCCGCGGUCACUGGCGCAAGCCCUUCCGCAGAGGUCCCUGGAGCAGAAGCGGUUCGGACGCCUGAGCGUGCGCUGUCACUACGAGGCAGCCGAGCAGCGGCUGGUGGUGGAGGUGCUGCACGCCGCGGACCUGCCCCCGCUGGACGCCAACGGCCUGAGUGACCCGUUUGUGAUCGUGGAGCUGGGCCCGCCACACCUCUUCCCGCUGGUCCGCAGCCAGAGGACCCAGGUGAAGAACCGGACGCUGCACCCCGUGUACGACGAGCUCUUCUACUUCUCUGUGCCGGCAGAGGCGUGCCGCCGCCGCGGUGCCUGCGUGCUGUUCACCGUCAUGGACCAUGACUGGCUGUCCACCAACGACUUCGCGGGGGAGGCAGCCCUCGGCCUGGGCAGCGUCGGUGGCAUAGCUCGACCUCAGGUGGGAGGGAGCGCGCGGGCCAGGCAGCCCGUCACCUUGCAUCUGCACCGGCCCAGGGCCCAGGUGAAGUCGGCACUGAGGAUGCUGGAGGGCCGCACCAACAAGGAGGCGCAGGAAUUUGUCAAGAGACUCAAGGAGCUGGAGAAGUGCAUGGAAGCGGACCCCUGAGCCCCCGCCCAGCCCCCCCCCCCCCCAGUCCUGCCCCGCAUCAGCUUUGUGCAGUGGGGCUCAUGCUCCCCCGUGUGGUGUGCGUGCUGCCCCGGCCGUGUCUGUGUGGUGUGUACCGUGAACCCCUUGCGUCCAGCGAGCAGCCCCCCACCCUGGAUCUGGGGGUAACUCGCGGGGCCUGGCCACCCGGCAAGCUUCUCUAUCUGCAACCUUAGCUUGUGCAGCCCGCGCAGGGUUCCCGGAGGGGUGGCUCUGCUCCCCAGGAGACAUCAGGCUACGUCUGGAGGCGUUUUCGGUGCUCACGGCUACUACUGAAGGAGGUGCCACGGCACCCAUGGCGAGACCAAGGACACUGCUGGAAGUCCUGCGGUAAAUGUGACAGCGCCCUCCGCCCAGCAAGGAACAGCCUGCCCCAAACGUUACCAGUGCCACAGCCCUUCUCAGAGGAAGCACGGUCUUCGCUUUGUGGGGUGGGGAGUGUGGCAGGGCCUCGCAGGCCAACAGGAGGAAUGGCUCAUGUUUGAGUCUGGACAACUCCACCUGUGGUGGGAAACCGCUCCCAGGUGUCCUGGUGGAGGGACAAAGUGAGCGUCUGGGACCCUUCACCCUCACCCGAGGGUACACGCGGAGGUUUGCUAAGCAGCGCCCGGGUCUCCAAUCCCCACCUGGCUCCUAGGCCUGGGGGAGGGUGCCCCCACGUCACUGUGAGGCCGGGACCUCGUGCCAGGUCGAUCGGUCAGGGUGAGGGGCCCCAUGUCGGCCACUCAGCUGUGUAGUUACUGUCCCUCCGUGUGCGCACACGCGUGCCCACGCAAGAUGGGCCCCAAGCCCGGCACCCCACCGUCCAGCGGCCCAGACCCUUCCCGUCCGACUCGGCCUCACUGGAGACUGAGAGUCCCCUCCCCCCCAUCCCCAGGGCAAGUGCAAAGAAACAGGCUCACACCGGGGUCUCCUGGCUUGCAGCUUCACUGGGAGGGCUCGAAGGCCCCAGAGCACAGCUGUGUCAGAACCGUGGGGACACAGUCCAGGGCCACUCGGUGUCGAGACGGCUGAGGCUGCCAGCCUGUCUGUAUCCCCACAAAUCCUGCCGCUCUCUCUCGAGUUUCUUAUUGCUCCGCCUCAAAAAAUAUACGUGUCUGCAACCUUUA